AUGGACCGCCAGAGCCCGCCGUUGAACGGCAAUUCCCAGCGUCGCAAACUCGUCAAGCGGCCCCCCUCGCACCAGCCCUACGGCCGCUCCUCGUCCGGCUACGACACGGAGUCGCUCGACGGCAAAAGCUCCAGCUCGCGCAACCUUCGACGAGCCCCCAGCGCUCCGCCUGUGCGGUCCACGGCCUCCAACGCGUCCGCGUCCAAGUCCAGCGGCUCCCCGCGGCCACACCCCUCGAGCUUCCAGCAGCGAACGAAUGCAUCGCCAGACCUGAGCGCCCGCUUCCGCCUCAGCGACCCCAACCAGAGCCGCGGCAACGAGGACCUGAUCGGGGCGCCCUUUGACGGCACCUCCAUCCUCAACCACAUCGAGUCCACCAAGUUCGCCUCGCCUCCUCCCCCGCCGCAGCCUCAUCCCCAGCAGCCGCCGUCGCUCGUCAAGGCCGCGACCGACCCCCGCUUCGCCAGGCCCUCGCCCACCUCGUCGCCCAGCUACGCCGCCAUGGACCAGGCGCUGGAAAAGCCCCAGGCUGGGCGCGUCCCCGACGGCCUCAUGAGCCCCAAGCGCUUCUCCGACGAGGCCAAGGAGUCCAAGCCCACCACGUCGCGCAAGAAGUCUGGCUUCUCCGGCUUCGUCGAUGGCCUGGUCGGCUCCCGCAAGAAGCCCGUCAUCUCCGCGCCCGAGAACCCCGUCCAUGUGACGCACGUCGGCUACGAUAGCUCGACCGGCCAGUUCACCGGACUCCCCAAAGAAUGGCAGCGCCUCAUCAACGAGAGUGGCAUCUCCGAGAAGGAGAGAAGAGAGAACCCUCAGACCAUGGUGGAUAUCCUGCAGUUCUACAAAGAAACCACCGAGCGACCUCCCGAGGACCAGUCCCUCGAGAAGUUUCACAAUGCGGGAGCGGCAGAUCCUCGCCAGUACGGCGUCACGCCGACAUCUCCAAGCACAUAUCCCAGCAACUACUUUGGAAGUUUUGAGAACCCUCGGGCACCACCUCCUGUCCCUGCUGGUAGGACUCAUGGUUCCGGGCCAGUGAAGGAGAUCGUGCCGAGUCGGCCGGCACCAAAGCCCCCGAUUAGCAUGAACAACAGGCCACUCCCGCCCGGCGCAUACGUAGCAAAGGACUCUGGUAUCGGCAUGGCCCAGCCCCUGGAUGACGCCUCGUCUAGUGGCCAUAACAGAGCUCAAGAAGGCGCGCCGAUGCUCCCCGAAGAGCAUCGAUCACGCUCCAACUCCCGCACCAACGGCCUGUCACCAUACACUCCCCAGACACCGUCUCUCAGCCCCGCCAACCAGGCCAACGUCUACCAGCAGCAGUUGAUGCAGCAGCAACAGGAGCAGGCCAUGGCUCAGGCUCAGGCAGCCAUGACUGGUCAGCUCGGCCGAGCCCCCAGCAAGAGACAGCAGUCACCCCAUAUGGCAGCUCCCGCGGCUGCGGGCUACGCCCGCACUCCCGAGGCCAACGGUCACCACCCCGCCCAGCGCCAACAGCCCAGUCCCGGCGCAUCUGCGCCAGCACCCAGUGCGCGUCCCCGGCAACGAGUUCGCCAGAGCAACGGCAUGGACGUCGUGGCCUCGCUCAAGCGGAUAUGCAGCGAGGGCGAUCCCCGCAACAUCUACCGAGGCUUCACCAAGAUCGGACAGGGUGCUUCUGGUGGAGUGUACACGGGUCACGAGAGGGGCACCAACCGGCUGGUGGCCAUCAAGCAGAUGAACCUCGAGCAGCAGCCGAAGAAGGACCUCAUCAUCAACGAAAUCCUCGUCAUGAAGGACAGCUCACACCCCAACAUUGUCAACUUCAUCGACAGCUACCUCUGCGACGGCGAGCUCUGGGUCGUCAUGGAGUACAUGGAGGGAGGCAGUCUCACAGAUGUCGUGACGUUCAACAUUAUGUCAGAAGGCCAGAUUGCCUCGGUCUGCAGAGAGACGUUGAGAGGACUGCAGCACUUGCAUUCUAAGGGAGUCAUUCACCGUGAUAUCAAGUCCGACAACAUUCUCCUGUCGAGCGAUGGCAACAUUAAGCUCACCGACUUUGGCUUUUGCGCAACAAUCAACGAGGCCCAGAACAAGCGGACCACUAUGGUUGGCACGCCGUACUGGAUGGCCCCCGAGGUUGUCACGCGCAAGGAAUACGGCCGCAAGGUCGACAUCUGGUCUCUCGGCAUCAUGGCCAUUGAGAUGAUUGAGGGCGAGCCGCCGUACCUGACCGAAUCGCCUCUACGAGCUCUGUGGCUCAUCGCUACCAACGGGACGCCGCAGAUCAAGAACGAGGAGCAGUUGUCGCCGGUGUUUAGAGACUUUUUGUACUUUGCAUUGAAGGUGGACCCCGAGAAGCGGGCGAGCGCCCAUGAUUUACUAAGACAUGACUUCAUGAAACUAUGCGUCGAUCUAUCACAAUUGGCUCCCCUGGUCCGAGCCGCACGAGAGCAGCGAGCCGCAGAAAAGGCUCGAAAAGGCGGCGCCUAA